AUGCAUCUCACUUCAGAGGAGAGGAUCGAGCUGGGACUGAAGGAGCAGGGGACAGUCAAUCCUGCAUUCGGGAGCAAAGAGAGUGAUGGACAACCCCAGCUGGCAGCUGAAAUAGUGGAGCCACACACAGAGGCCCCGGAGGAGACUGAGGACAAAUGCAUAGAUUUGGUUUACUCCCUCAACGACAGGCCGCCGUGGUACCUCUGCAUUCUGCUCGGCUUCCAGCACUACAUCCUCGCGUUCGGUGGCAUCAUCGCGGUCCCGCUGAUCCUGGCCGAGCCCCUCUGCAUCAAGGACAACAACGUUGCCAAAAGCCAGCUCAUCUCCACCAUAUUCUUCGUGUCAGGGAUAUGCACGCUACUGCAGACGACUGUCGGGACCAGGUUACCAAUCCUCCAGGGUGGGACCUUCAGUUUCAUCACUCCGACCCUGGCCAUUCUCGCUCUGCCCAAGUGGCAGUGUCCUGCCCCGAAAGCAUCCGCGAUGCUGUCCAUCCAGCUUCAGAACGACACCACUCCGCUGCAAAUGGAAAACUCUGACGAGGUCUGGAUGUCACGAAUGAGGGAGAUCCAGGGAGCCAUUCUGGUGUCCUCUCUGCUCCAGCUCGUCCUGGGCUUUUCUGGGCUGGUGGGCGUCGUGCUGAAAUACAUCGGCCCGCUGGCUAUCGCUCCCACCAUCAACCUCAUCGGCCUGUCACUGUUCAUCGAAGCGGGAAAGAAGUCUGGAGGUCACUGGGGAAUAGCUGCUCUCACAGUUGCUCUGAUCCUCCUGUUCUCUCAGUAUCUCAGCAAAGUUGAUGUCCCAAUGAUCGCUUACAAGGACAAGAAGUGGACAGUCUUCCAGUAUCCACUCUUCAAGCUCUUCUCCGCCCUGUUUGGGAUGUGUGGCGCCUGGCUCGUCUGCUUUUUGCUGACCAUCUUUGACGUCCUUCCUUCUAAGUCCGAUGAGUACGGCUUCUCAGCGAGGACCGACAUCAACAUAAACGCUGUGGCUAACUCCCCUUGGUUCCACGUGCCUUAUCCAGGUCAAUGGGGUAUGCCCACAGUGAGCGUGUCUUCAGUGUUGGGCAUGAUGGCGGGGGUCUUGGCAUCCACCAUGGAGUCAAUCGGCGACUAUUACGCCUGCGCUCGCUUGUCCGGUGCCCCUCCUCCGCCGACUCACGCCAUAAACCGAGGUAUCGCCGUGGAGGGCAUCGGCUGUAUCCUGGCUGCGUUGUGGGGAACGGGAAACGGCACCACCUCCUACAGCCAGAACAUCGCCGCGCUUGGCAUCACCAAGGUUGGCAGCAGGCUGGUCCUCCAGAUGACAGGAAUUCUGAUGAUCGUUCUGGGAAUCUUUGGGAAAUUUGGAGCAGUUUUUAUCACCAUUCCAGACCCGGUCAUUGGAGGCAUGUUCCUCAUAAUGUUUGGAAUGAUCGCAGCAGUGGGGAUAUCCAACCUCCAGUACGUGGACCUUAACUCCUCCCGUAACCUCCUCAUCCUCGGCUUCUCCACCUUCAGCGGCCUCGUUUUACCCACCUGGUUUCACUCCAAUCCUGGCAUCAUUGACACAGGAAUAAAAGAGUUGGACCAGGUGAUCGUCGUGCUCUUCACCACACACAUGUUCAUCGGAGGAUUCUUCGGGUUUAUUCUGGACAACACCAUUCCAGGCACUGACAAAGAGCGGGGCAUCCACAGCUGGCAGGACAAAGUGCGAAACGAAGGCAAAAACACGUGUGACCAGUCCUGUUACGAUAUCCCGUUGUGCAUCGGCGUUCUGGAGCGCUUUAGAUGUUUCCAGUAUCUGCCCUUCCUCCCUUCUUACAAGACCACCCAAAAGAGGACACCCAAGUAA